AUGUCCGCUAACCCCAUCUACCUUGGUGUCAUUGGCGUUGGAGGUGUUGGCACUGCCUUCCUCUCGCAGCUUGCCCGCCUGCCUAAUGCUCCUCAGCUUGUCCUCCUUGCCCGCUCUUCCCAAACCCUUCUUUCCCCCAGCCCUUCCUACUCGCCGGCCAUCCCCGCCGCCGAUUGGGCUACUGCUUCCGCUACACCCUCCUUGACCAAGAAGGGUGCUCUCCAGGCUGAGGAGAUCGCUACAUACCUUGCCUCCGCCCCUGGUCGCGCUAUCCUGGUCGAUAACACCUCUGACAUCAACCUCGCCCGCCAAUACCCCACAUUUCUCAAGAAGGGCGUGUCAGUCGUGACACCCAAUAAGAAGGGAUUCUCCGAUGACCUUUCCCUCUGGAAGGACAUCUUCGCCUCCGCCACCGAGGGCAAGGCCCUCGUCUAUCACGAGAGCACCGUUGGCGCUGGUCUCCCCGUCCUCUCGACACUCAAGGACCUUGUGGCCACCGGCGACGAGGUCACCCGCAUCGAGGGUGUCUUCUCUGGCACUCUCUCCUUCCUCUUCAACACCUUUGCCCCCGCCUCCGGCUCCUCCAAUGCUCAGUGGAGCACCGUCGUUGCCCAGGCCAAGGAGCUUGGCUAUACCGAGCCCGAUCCCCGUGACGACUUGAACGGCAUGGACGUUGCCCGCAAGCUCACCAUCCUCGCCCGUCUUGCUGGUCUUGAGGUGUCCCGCCCUGACUCCUUCCCCAUUGAGUCUCUCAUUCCCGCUGAGCUUGAGUCCUUACCUUCUUCUGCGGAUGGUAUCACUCAGUUCAUGACCCGUCUUCCUGAGUUCGAUGCCCAGAUGGCCAACAUCAAGGACACUGCUGAGAAGCAGGGCAAGGUUGUCCGCUACGUUGGUAGCAUUGAUGUUGCUGCUAAGGCUGUCAAGGUUGGCUUGCAGUACUUCGAUAAGGACAGCGCUAUUGCUGGUCUUAAGGGCAGUGACAACAUCAUUAGCUUCUACACUAAGCGGUACGGUGCCAACCCCCUGAUUGUCCAGGGUGCCGGUGCCGGUGGUGAUGUUACCGCCAUGGGUGUCUCUGCUGAUCUGCUCAAGGUUGUUGAGCGCCUGCGUUAA